AUGGAUUAUCACGAUGUUCAUGGGCACGAUGUUGCAAGUUUUGACACUACCGGGACGCAUCGCUUGCCGCCUAUCGAUGCCUCACAGGCUCUAGAGCAGCUUGAGGAUGAGAAAUCACAACCCAUAUCUACAGGUAUAACAAAACUAGAUAAGAUUCUUCUCGAUACGGCCCCGUUCAACCCCGCAUCGCUCGGCGGCAUCCAACGCGGUCAGGUCACCGAGGUCUGGGGUCCGCCUGGCAGCGGCAGGACAGCACUUGGAAUUCAGCUCACAGCUAAUGCCCUAAAGGAUGGCCAAGGCGUUGCAUGGAUUGAUUGCUUUCAGAAGCUCCAAAGCCAACGCUUGGCUAAAGUUUUACACCAUAUUAACAAUAACCCGAAGUCUGAGACUAAUCAGAACGAAGAUGGAAACUCCAUCGCGCCAAAGCUGGGCAAGUUUAGCCACUACUCCUGCUUCACGCUAGCUCACUUCAUGGCCUUGGUCUCUAAGCCAGCAUCCAAGGCCUUUGAUCCGGAUGUUUCUUUAAUUGUUAUUAGCUCAGUCUCGGCGCUCAUAAACUCAGCUCUGCCGAGAAGCCAUGAGCCACGGACUUCUGGGACAAAGAACUCGGGUGGACCAUCUGUUAACGCCAAACGCCUCCAAGCUAUCCAAUUCAUCAUCACCUCGCUUCAAAAGCUAGCCGCAACUAAAAAGUGCACGGUUGUCAUUCUAUCACAGUGUGCCACAAAAAUGCAGGCAGAUCGGAGUGCCGCUCUUAUACCUGCCAUAAACACUGCUUUGUGGGAGCAAGGUACUGCAACCAAGAUAGUGUUAUUUAGAAAUUGGCUCUGGAGAGAAAGGAAGGCGAGCAGCGUCUUCCUAGCCGGUGUACAGAAGCGCAACGGGCGGAAGUUAUAUGACAACGGCGAGCAUGUAUGUGCUUUCCAAGUUAACCAGGCUGGUAUAAGUGGCGUGGCAUACGAUCCUAGUCAGCUAGUGAAGAUGACAGAUGGUCAAGCUGCAAGUAAACGAAAACUAGGGCAAACAGAGCUUGAAGUUCCCGAUAGUGAAGAUGAGGAAGACUACGGUUGGGAUGAGGGUGAUGACGCCGCGCUGCCGCCACCUCCUCCUCAGUGGCAAGGGAGUGAAGACAUCAUUCUUGGCCAGGACGUUGGCCACAGCGACUCCGAACAAGAACAAGAGGCGGACAACGAAUAUUAUUAUGAGGAUGAGGAUGAGGCUGACAGUGACGACGGCGACGGUCCGGAUCGAGAAUGA